CCUCGGAUCAACUAACCUAGUUCAUCUCUUGAUCGUCAGAGUUGAUCGCUCGUACGUUUCACCAGUCUAAUCGUAGUUUAAGGUGAUCGCGUUUAGUUAAUCCAUACUUCCUAGCAUUCCCUAGCCGUUUUGCCGCCUGAAUUCAGUUUUGUGUUUAUACAGUGUAACAUUGUAUAAUUAUAUUUUUUGUUAAAAUAAUGAAUUUUAAAGUUCCAAUGGAUAAAAAAAUCAGGACUAGAGAGCCCAAUUUGCUCAGUAGCGAGCGAGAGGCUCUGCUGACGAUAAUCCAGGAUCAUCGUCAUAUAAUAGAUUGUAGGAAAACUGAUGGUGUCAGUUUAGACAGGAAGAAAGAGGAAUGGAGAAAGAUAUGUGAUAGAUUUAAUGUGAUAUCGGGCAUACAUCAUCGAGAAGCUAGUUUUCUCAAACAGUCGUGGGAAAAUAUUAAAAAGAGAGUCAAGAAAGAUGCUGCAGAAAGAAAACUGCAAACCUUCAAAACAGGUGGUGGUCCCUUUAAUAAACCUAAAGAAGAUCCUGAAAGUGACAGAGUUCUCGGUUUGCUGCAAGCAACAGCUUCAGGAUUCAACAACACCUAUGAUGGAGAUUCUUCAUUUUUAACGUCACCUUUCAAGUCUAAUGCCGAAAUAUUGGACCCAUCUGCAUUUGAAGAUGAUGAAAUGCAAGAAAGCAACGCAGAUGGCGAAAAAGAUGAAGAGACUGAAACUGUGAAGGAUUGGUCUCGAUACACCCCCCAGAUGCUACGACAACCGAUUAGCCAGGCUCUGAAAGUUGAUUCUACAAAUGACAAGCAAUAUCAUGAGUAUGUACCAUCUGAGGAAACCACACAAUCAACCACACUAUCAACACCGGAAGCAGGAAAAAAAAUGUCGUUCAUUUCUGAAAGAAUGAGCAGAAGGAGGCCGGUGCUUCCGAAAAAAGUAGUUGAUCCAUCCACGAAUGAGGCUAAAAUAAAAACUUUAGAAAGUACCUUAAGAAUCGCCGAGGAGCAACACGAGUUGAAUAUGCUGCACAUAAAAGAGGAGCACAGCCUUAAAAUGCAGAUCCUACAAGAGCAUUUAUGUCAGGAAAAAUUGAAAACUCGCAUCCUGAAUGCAGAGAUGUAUGAAAAAUGCGAUAAGUCGGACAUAGAAUGGCUAGAUCCAAACAUGGAAUAGUCAAUGAAUUCAGUUUGGAGUAAAAGAAACAGACUUUAUAUCUGUUUCUUUUUCUCCAAAAUAAAUUUUCCUGUCGAAAAUUUGUGUACCCAAGGUGUGAACGUUUUGUGACUUAAAUUGUGUGAUAAAUAAAGCAAUAGAAAAAGUU